AUGCCAUCCCUUGCGUUGAACGCUCUUUCAUUGCUGCUGGGCUCCGGUCUCCUAGCUAGCGUAGGAGCCGUCACUAUUACGCUCUCCAACUUCGGAAAUGGAGCGCUCUGUACCGGCCCGGUUUUGCUUACUUGUGCAUCUAUUGCACCCAAUGCGUGCUGCGACGCAGGUGUAAUUUUCGACGAGACCCUCUUCCAGGGUUUACCUCCGACUGGGAUCGGCAUCGUGUAUAGCGGAUCCGGUUGCACUGGUAAAGCAACUAACACGGGAUAUGGGCUUAACUUAUGCCUUUCACGCGGCGGCAAGGGCGCAAAUUGGAACCAAGUGAGCAACUCGGCGAAGCGGGACGAGAAGAAUUGCACUCGCGUGCUACCAUCCACACUUAGUAUCGGCAACCGGACGUUCAACAUUUUCGGUGACGUGCCGCUGGAGGUGUCGGAAGAUAUGUUGAGCCUCUUCAACAAUUCUAGAGGAAUCGCGGAAGCACCAGAAGUACCGCCCCACUUCUUGCCGCACGAGCUUGUAUAA